UGGCAUAGCCCCCGCCCCGUCUCUGGAUUCGGUCUGGCCCUGCCCCUGCCCCUGCCCCAAUCCUGCCGCUGACAGGCGCUCUCGACACUUUUGACGGCCUCGACGGUAACUCCAGCGCUAACGUGCGGGGGAGGGGGCUGGGCUUUUACCGCCGAUUUGGAAGCUUGGAAAGAAGCGCGCGGCGGAGUCCGAGCGAGCGUUACAUUUUGACAUUCGCCCGCUGCAAUUUAGCCGGACCUCUCUUGCUUUCAAAGUUGGCCGAGGCGAGGCGAUAAGCGCCGGGGGAAUGGGUUUGUGGUGACGAUGCUGGGGGACGGUGCCUGGGCCUGAGGUUUGGAGUCGUCGGGGUUAGUGAAUUGCUCACUUAUUGCCGGGGGGCUGCUGCUGCUGCUGUCCAGGACGAAGUGGGGGCUGGGGUUGGGACUGGGGCUCGCUUGCCUGCCUGCCUGCCUGCCUGCACGAGGCGCAGUGGGGCUGAUUUGAUGGCCAGUGGGGGAGGGGCUUUCCGCUGGUAUGCGAUUCAAACCCAUCCCCAUCCCCAUCCCAUCAGCUCUGCAGCAUGGUGACAGUGCAAGCGUGGAAGGAGAGGGAAAAAGGGAAAGGGUGGGCGAGGAAAGUUCGAGGGGGAGGGGGAGGGAGAGGGGCGGGGGCUGUCUAGGGGCUUGGAGAGUGGCUGGUUUUUGUGGCGUGGUUUCGUCGAAGGAGGUGUAAAACAUGGAAGCGCCAUCGGUGAAGGCGAGAAUUAUGGAGAAGGCUGGGCAGGCCCAAGCUCAAGCAACAGCAGAUUUGGUCGCCGAUCAGCGGAAGAUGCUGAACAAUUUGGAAUUCAGCGACGUCGUUUUUCUGUGCGGAGAUGGGCUCAAGGUGCACGCCUGCCGCAUCGUCCUGUGCGCGCGGUCGCCCGUGCUCAAGAGCAUGCUCAUGAACGGGAUGGUCGAGUCGCGGCUGUCGGAGAUCUCGUUGCCCGAAAUCGACUCCCCCGUGCUGCUGUCCAUCUUCGAGUUCCUCUACACCGGGACCAUGGUGGAGCACGCCCCCGUCAGCUGGCGCAAAGCCUUCGAGGUCAUCAGCGCAGCGCGCUUCUUCCUCCUGCAGAAGCUCGAGGAAAUCGUCUGGGAGUUUCUCGUCGAUGGCACCUUCGACACACCCAUCGACAUGACGGUCGCCGCCAGCAACCUCUCCGUCGCCAUGGACUUCCCGUCCAUCAGCGAUUCCAUGGAGGCCAUUCCUCUGGAGCUCGUCAGAAUUCUCAGCUCCAAAUGCCUGGAGCCCGUCCAUCUGCGCAACUUGUCCGGCAAGGCCUUUCAGUUCUUCCUGUCGAAAACCAAGAAGGAGGUCGAGGAAACAGGAAGUCCCAUUUUGUCCUUGGGUGAGUACCUCCGUUUCCGGCAGAUCAUUCUGUGGUGCACGUGCCAUGUCUCUGAGGAGGAGGAGGCAGAGGAGAUUGUGAGGCCGUAUCUGCCGGACGCCAAGAAAGCUCUGCAUCUGCUCAAAGACCAAAACAUGGAGUUCGCCUCCCCCAUCCAGGACGCGUGCCCCGAGGAGGGCAGCUCUCAGUACGAACAAUUCUCCCUGCUCAAAUCCGAGAUCGCCAGCUCCGUGGCCAGUUUGAUCUCGAUGGUCGAUCUUCGGCGUAUCCAUCCCGAGCUUCUCAUCAAGGUCAUCGAACCUUUGGAGCUCAUCCCCUGUGUUAACUUCAUGGAUGCGCUGCGGUUCCAUGCCCUGCAGAGGCCCAGGGUUGCGAAAGGCACCUGGGAAGAAGGGGCUCAUGCGAGUUUCUACCGUAUCGGCAGAGAUCGGUCUGUGAUAGAGAAGUGCGACUUCGGCACAGGCUUCGCCCGAGCUUCCAAUGCAAUUUGUCAGCCCUAUGGUAUUUACGAGUGGGACAUCGUUAUCGAGGAAUUGUGCUACCAAUUCUGCGAGGUGGGUAUAUACAAGGUCAGUAGUCUGAGCUCGGGCAAGCCCAAUUUCAACGGGGCCAGCCUGACCCAGCAAUCCACAGGAUGGGCUUUGAGAAUGGACGACCGGGGGACUCUCAUAAACCAGUGCAAUGUUCUCGGAUUCCCAUGGAUGUCGUACGGCAAGAAAUUCGGCUACGCAGACGCCAGGGUCCGAGUGUCGCUGGACAUGUUCGAACGUAGCUGUUCUUACUCCAUUGACAGGCAGAAGUUCGGAGUUGCUUGGAACAGCCUGCCGGAAGGAAUCUACUAUCCGGCCGUCUCUCUAGGGUCAGGCACGCUGGGGAGAGUGCGCAUUGAGCUCGUCAGUGGAUUCGAUCUGCUAUGAUAGCGUCGGUCGAUCGAUGAAAACAUCUUCCAUCCCAUUAGCGGACCGAUCUGACCCGAUUCUCUGUGAAUAUCUCACUCGUUUCCGACUGGCCGGCUAGCUUGAGAUCGUUUGUACAGCUGUAGACUAAUUAGUUUAAUUAUUCAGUCUAGAGGGAUAGCCCCGGUGCACAGUAUCAAGAGCUCGAUCUGUGAUCGAGGAAGAAGGUCUGAGGGCCAAGAGAACCCCCUUGAGCUUGUAUAGGAUUUGCUUUGUGUUCCAUGUAAGGUUUGGCGAGGCUGGGUGCUAUCUAUAAGAGGUGACAGGAUGUUGGAACUCAGUGGUUUGGACUUCACUUUGAGCGCUCAAACGACGUUCGGCUGGUCUCUGAUCUGGCUAAGCUCCUUUAGGUCGUUCUCCGAUUUUAGAUGUUCCUGACAAGGCCAGAGAAGAAGAAGAAGAAGAAGAAGAAGGUGAAUGUGAAGAAGAAGCAUGUAAGUUGAAAUGCCAUCAUCCUACUACAGCAAUUGAUUUUGUGUGGGAGACUCAUUC